CUUGCAUCCGUCCUCAUCGGCACGAAAGUAUAUUCUUUAUAAACCUUAAUCUCUACUUAAACCAUUUGGAAAUGCUUCGAUAUGAUGGAGAGAGUAGCUUUCUUCAAUUAAUUAAACAAGUCGAUCACACACGCAUCACUAGCUAGCUAGCUAACUAGUAAGGAGGUACACGUAGGUAGCUAGAUAAUUAAGCAGGCAUGGCAGCAAUGGCGGCGGCGGCGACGACGACGACGAAGAAGCUGCAGGUGGCUUCAUCAUCACCAAACACACACAAAUCAUAUUGGAGCACGAAGCAGUACAUCCUCGUCGCUGUCGUUGGAACCCUCGCGGCGACCGUCAUUGUGAUCGGCAUCUCCGCGCUGCUGAGCCCCGGGGAGAUCGACUUCUCCGUCACCAAGGCCUCGCGCAUGAUCCUGCCUCUGGAUGGAGGUGUGGAGCUGAACCUCACAGUCGCCGCCGCCAACCCCGGGUGGCGCGCCGCCGUGGAGUACCGCGGGUUCGACGUGAAGCUGCAUUACACGCCGUUCGACGGCGAGCCCACGCUGCUCAACGAAGACGACGCCUCGUCGGUGCGGACGCCGUUCGUGCAGCCGCCGCGGAACACGACGGCCAUCCCGGUGCGGGUGUUCGUCAGCGGCGACUACUGGGUCCAAAACAUGAUGAGAGGCAACGACAUCCCGAUCACCGCGCAGGUGACGGCCACCGUCCGAUUCCUCAUCGGGAAGGCCUGCACCAGGUCCUACCACAUCGCCGUCUCCUGCUACCUCGGCCUCGACUUGUUCAAACGCCCUACCGUAUCAUUCAAUCAUAAUAAUACAGCCGAUUGCGUCGCAGCUGGGCCGGAAACAGUCUAGCGAUUGCUAUUACCUGCUGCUCUGCUGCCUGCAAUUCUACUAGUGUCUCUUUAAUUAUUUAUCUGCUGCUCUCUCUGUCUAUUAAUUAAUUAUGCAUGUAAAAUCCUCCAUCAAAACAAAUGUAAGGUAUAUUUUAUUUUCUGAUUUUUCUAAAUGAGAUGGAUAUAUUUGUAGUCUCUCUAUGUACUAAACUAAAUUAUUGAUCAGUGUAAAAUCAAAGCGUGUUUUGAUUAUUAUUCUGUGAUGAA